AUGGCGUCCUCUUCUCUCUCGUCCCUUUCCUCCAUUCUCAGCAACCCUCAAGGUUGCUCUCUCUGCUUCAAAGCCUCUACACCACGCGGCCUCGCUCUUGCAUUCCUCUCCUCCAAAGCAAACCAUGCCUCUAAAUCUUCUUCUGCUCUUCUCCCUCGUUGCCACAACGCACAUCGUCUCACGCAGAAGCCGAUCAAGAGGAAGAGUGGGUUUGCAUUAGAUCUUUCCAGAAGCUAUUCUGUUUCUCAAAGUCCUGGUUUUGAUGGUCCAAGCCUCCAUCAGUUCAUCUCCAAAGCUCAAGCCCACGCUUCUCUUACCGCUCCCCAGACUGAAUCUGAGAAUCAGAGUUCCAAUUUAGCUAAUACUCUGCUUUCCGGAUUCGUUCUUGCUCCUAGAUGCACACCAGAUUCCGAAAUUGCAUCAAAAGGUCGGAUUUAUCACGAGACAUAUGGAUGUCAGAUGAACAUAAACGACAUGGAGAUAGUCCUGUCGAUCAUGAAGAGCUCCGGCUAUAAAGAAGUAGUGACGGAUCCAGAGAGCGCGGAAGUCAUCUUCGUCAACACUUGUGCUAUCCGAGAAAACGCCGAGCAAAAAGUAUGGCAAAGGCUUAACUACUUCUGGUUCCUAAAACGUGAGUGGAAAACCAAUGUCGCUAGCGGAAGAUCGCUUUCUCUCAGGCCUCCUAAAGUCGUCGUCUUGGGGUGUAUGGCUGAGAGAUUAAAGGACAAGAUCCUUGAUUCUGACAAAAUGGUCGAUGUGGUUUGCGGUCCCGACGCGUACAGAGAUCUCCCGAGGCUGUUGGAAGAAGUAGACUAUGGACAAAAAGGAAUCAACACUCUUCUUUCUCUGGAAGAGACGUACGCUGACAUAACCCCAGUUCGAAUCUCCCAGAACGCAAUCACCGCUUUCGUGUCCGUUAUGAGAGGCUGCAACAACAUGUGCGCCUUCUGCAUUGUUCCGUUCACAAGAGGCAGAGAGCGGUCACGUCCCGUGGAAUCCAUAGUCCGCGAGGUUAAGGAGCUGUGGGAAUCCGGUGUGAAAGAAGUCACGCUUCUAGGGCAAAACGUGAACAGCUAUAACGAUGAUUCGUCGUCUGAUCGUGAGUCAGGAGCUAACUGGGAAUACAGCGAAGGAUUCUCGAGCAGGUGUAAAGUUAAAAACAUGGGUUUGAGAUUUGCCGAUCUCUUGGACCGACUCUCUUUGGAGUUCCCGGAGAUGCGGUUUAGGUUUACUUCUCCUCAUCCUAAAGAUUACCCUGACGAGCUGCUGUAUAUGAUGAGAGAUAGACAUAAUAUUUGCAACCUUAUCCAUCUUCCUGCACAGUCUGGUAGUAGCAGAAUACUCGAACAGAUGCGUAGAGGUUACACCAGAGAAGCUUACUUGGAUCUUGUUAAAAAGAUUCGGAGUAUUAUACCGGACGUGGCUCUAACCAGCGACUUCAUAACCGGCUUUUGUGGAGAAACCGAAGAAGAGCAUGAAGAGACGCUAAGCCUGGUGAGAGAAGUUGGAUACGAUAUGGCAUAUAUGUUUGCAUACAGCAUGAGAGAGAAAACACACGCUCAUCGGAACUACACAGACGACGUUCCAGAGGAAGUGAAACAGAGACGUUUAACAGAGCUCAUCGAAGCGUUCCGCGAGACGACAGGUCCGUGUUACGACUCUCAGGUCGGGUCAAUUCAGCUAGUUUUGGUGGAAGGACCAAACAAGAGAGCUCCUGAGACAGAACUCAUGGGGAAAACAGAUAAAGGACACCGAGUAUCGUUUGUGAGAAAGCCUCUGUUCGAUAAAGAGUGUCUUCUUGGUGGUGGUGAUCUGAAGAGGAAUCCUGAAACUGGGGAUUUUGUGGAGGUUAGGAUUGAGAAAUCAUCGAGAGCGUCUCUGUUUGGAGAAGCUCUAGCGAUUAGUAAACUGUCCUUGUUUCAUGAUGUUGGUGUCGUCGAUGCUGUUGUUGCGUCUUGUGCAAGUUAA